AUGACUGCUGUUUCAGAGGAGUCAUACACACACCUGAGUCACCAACUGCCGACACUCCUUCAGGAAAAAAAAAAUGAGUCUGCUUCCUCCUCAUCCUCUCCUUCAUCUUCCUUCGUCGCCUACACAGGGACGCGCCUCCACCUUAUGCGUGGCUCCGUGCCCUAUAUUCCAUGUCAAGUGCGGGAGUACGGGGUGGAGGAAAUGGAUCGCUGUGUGGCGGUGCGGGCGGCUAAGGGCACCUCCACCUGGAUCACCUUCGUCGGGGAUUCCAAUCAACGGCAGAAACUUCACUCUUUAUUUGCUUUCAUGCCGGAGGACCUCACCUAUUCCUACUACCUUGGGAAUGAGCAGGUGACUCUGUACGACUUCAUCCAGUCAGUGAAGUACCACAAUAAAAGACCACCAACUCUCGACAUUAUCGGCCGCCGCCAUAACCUCGACCACAAGCACCAUCACUCCCCUGCCACCACCACCACCACCACCACGCACGAUGACUUGUUCUCCGUCCUGAUCAACAGUAACACGAACAGCAACACGAGUGACAUCCCCAUUAGCGUCUUCUCCAUAUAUAAAGGAUCUCUCUCUCUCUCUCUCUCUCUCUCUCUCUCGUAGGUGACUCUGUACGACUUCAUCCAGUCAGUGAAGUACCACAAUAAAAGACCACCAACUCUCGACAUUAUCGGCCGCCGCCAUAACCUCGACCACAAGCACCAUCACUCCCCUGCCACCACCACCACCACCACCACGCACGAUGACUUGUUCUCCGUCCUGAUCAACAGUAACACGAACAGCAACACGAGUGACAUCCCCAUUAGCGUCUUCUCCACCAACACCUUCCAUCAGCACCCUAAGAAGACCCCAGCAGAUGACAACUUUAGCAAGACCUCUAAACCUUUGCUGGAGAGUGACCUUGCUGGCUCGACCUAUGACCUCCGGGUGACCUUGGUGUGGGCGCCAUGUGGGAGCAUCAUGGAUCACCCCACCGUCAGGGAGGGGAAGAAAGUCAUCAAAUUGCAUGACCUGGCACUGGCAAAGGUUGUACCGGACGUGGUGGUAAUGGGGUUCGGGACGUGGCCACUGCUGAUGCGAGAAUACGAUGACGAGAUUGUUCCUUUCUCCGAGAUAGACGUGUUGUUUCGGCCCUUGAUUCAGACUGUCACGGCCCUCGCUGCACGCACCCGCGUCAUCUUCUGGAGUCAGAGCAGGUACCGCGGGUUUAACUAUGACAGGGACGCUCAACCCUCCGCCCUGCCGUGGGAUGAAGACCCUUACGGCUGUUGGCCACAUUUCCUCUACUUCAAUCAGUUUGAAGACGCGAUCCCCUUCGUGGACAGGUGGCUCUGGGAGAUAUUACGAAAGACGGGUGCGUGGCUGUGGGACUCUGCUCUGCCCUUCAACCUGGCAAACUUGAGGGAGUGUCAGCAGCUAAGGGAGGCCGGCUAUUUCAACCACACAGUCUACCACAGCCGGUGGUGGAACUGUUUCGACGUGCAUCAUUCCGCCUACGAGACCAACAGCAUAGAGAUACAAAUGCUGCUGAACCUGCUGUGUAACGCCCACCUCGACACCUCGACCCACUACUGCUGCUCCACGUGAUACCCACCCACCUUCCCUUAUCCUUUCAUUCUCUUCUGCGGUAGUUGGCUGUUUAAGAUUCAGAAUGAUAGAAAAUAAAUUUUCUUGACAAAAAAUGAAGAAAGUUGGAAACUUCUCAUAUUAUUUGCGAUUCGUUGACUGCAUCGUUCAUUUAACUUUCUUACUGUGGUUUAUGCCUUGGAAAAGUAGAUUCUUGGUGGUUUUGUUUUAAGUUAAUUUCAGUUUAGGUUCGGACCUUUCGAAUGAUGAAUGAAACGGUUCAUUGUAUUCAGCAAAGAUUGGACUGAAUUUAUUGUACGUAUUUGGUGCUAGUGUCGAUUUGGAAUGUCAUGAAUUGUUAACCAAAAUUUUUCUACAAAUUCAUAAACGGAAAAAUAAGACAAAAAGAAACAAUAGAAAGGUUAAAAGGAGAAAAUGGGAUGGUGGAAGACCCAAAAAGUAUGGCAGAACUGUUAAAUAAUAAGUUCCAGGAGAUCUUUACUAAGGAAUCCAAAUUUGAAAGACCACAGGGUAAUAGAGAGACCAUCUGUAUGGAAGAGAU